GAAACUGGUGCUUUGGUCUCCACCUGCAAGGCUCAGUGUUGGAUGGGACUUGAUCCGGGCUCUUCGACGCUGUGUUUACCAGGCCUCCGCACUCCCUCCUCCAUUCCGGAUGUCGCUGUGACCUAUUGUAGUAAGGAUUAUCAGUACGAAACUAUGACAGAUUUGCAUAAGCAUACAAUUAAUGACCUCGUCGCGUAUUGUGAGUGGAGCCGGCGAUAAGGCUGCAAGCACAUGGACUUGUGAGCGCAGGUAGUUCGGAGACGCUUCAGAGAACAGGUUGAUGGGACCUGCGGCUUAAUUCAGUUGUGACUGGAGAGUGGCUUCAGGAGGACGUGAGAAGAGGGAACGCUGUGUUUAGGUUGGACUAGUCACAAGUGCUGAAAGAUGUUAGGGACGAUGAUGUUACCAACAGUAGUUCGGGAGACGCGGCAAGAGAGUGAUGAGACUGUCUUCGAGCAGACGACAGGUGACCAAACAGACGGCAGUAAUGGCGGCAUGGCCUCACCUGCCAACAGCACUAACUCCGAGGACUCAACAGGACCCAUCACAAUGGUCCCCAGUCCUCCCCAGGAACUCGGCAGAAAGAAUCCAUUCCCAAUGCCGUCUCGAUUAAAAGAUCCGUUAGACUUGGACUUCGAUUCAAGCAACAAUAACUUGAUACCAGCAAGGCCGACUGUUCCAAGACUAUACGGUUCAUAUUCAAGUCAAAGGAAGGAGGGAAUUAAAGGUGAAAUGGCCGGCCACAGAGGACCACGCCUGUCGCGGUUACUGACCACGGAGCAGCUUGAAGAACUAGAGAGGACGCAUCAGACGGACCCGUACCCGGACUACUUUCAGCUUGGAAUCAAGAUAGGUCUUAAAUCACAUCAGGUUCGCCAUUGGUUCCAGACGCGACGGAAGUCUAACCGGGGCAGCAAGCGACCACGAACGGAUUCAGGUGAAGCUUUAAUGGACGAGACUGCGGAUGAGGAGACCAGUAUUUCAAAAUAUGAUGAGGACACUGUCGAUGGUCUUGGACAAGAAGUAAGAGAUUUCAGUAGGAAGAGAAAGCAUUUAGCGCCACCACGCCAACACAAUGGACACACCCCACCAAUAGCACUGCCAAAGACUGCCCGUCAACCAACCCCUUCCCUCGAUGUCCCUGGGCAUGAUAUCGGUCCUGUCAACUAUAACAUGCCAAAACUGCCCAGGAGCAUGGCACCACAGGCUCACUGUAAUGGCAUGACCAACCAUCCCAACGCCACUGCCGCUUCUAUCUACCGAAUGCUGUCUAGCCAACCACCCUCCCACCGCCAUGGCUCCAUCCCACCUAACGUCAACGUGGCCCUCCAUCCUGCCUUUGGUAUGCAGUGGCAGCUACCAACACCCACCGUGGAGAGUCUGUUGGAGAAAGGUGACCUUGAAGUCCUUGUGGAGCAGAGGGAUUUCCUCAGAGGCAUGCUGGAGCAACAGGAAGCAUUGCGAUUCAUGUGGGACCAACAGAUUACUACGUUGAAAAGACUGCUGAAUGUUUGCGAGAUGAAAAUCUCGCGAGAAAGAUCGAGAGAGCAUAAACAAGCACAGAAGGCGACGAAGCCAGCCAUACAGAAGGCUCAUUCACAUCCACCGCAAGUCCGACUCGGAAUACCCCAACCAACCUCCGCCACCGUGAGUCCCAUCACCUCAACCAGCGUCAGCUCCGAGGCUGUCCGAUCAUUUCUAACAAAUCACUCAGACGUCAUUGCUCCCAUGCCUCCACUGAUCGCCACGAGCCUUGGAACAGGCCUCCUCAAGAACACAAACUGCCACAGUAAGAUCAUCACACCGAUGUACGGAGGAGUCGCAAUCGACCUCAGGUCUGACCUGACUUCAGCCGCAUCUCCAACACCCAACUCGAGCAGACGACCGUCACGUGAUGAGGUGGAUUCUCAUAUCGAGGCUGACGUGUCCGAGAAUGAAGUCCAAGAAGAUGGAGGUCCGUUAGAACUGACUGUCCCCAAAGUGAGGUCCAUGGAAACGGCGGGUGUGCGCGCACUAUCUGAUGAGGAAAAUGAAAUGGAAUCAAGCCUCACUUCACCAUGCAACAGAUCAAGCUUCACACCACCUAGCAACAGAUCUAGCUUCACAAAUCCUAGCAACCGAUCAACAUCCAUUGGCAACGUCGAUAUUCAUAGCGACCCAGACACACCAAUCUCCAGUGUGGGAGGAGAGAAACUGUCCCCAGACGAGUUGUUCCCGCCAUUGCCGUUGCCUCUGGCCGAUACUGACGAAAUCAAAGGAUCGGAUCUGUCCCUUUCGUUGGAUGAUACGUUUGAUAUGUACACUCGGAUAACAAGUGAUGCUAAGAGCCGAAUCUACAGCUGCACCCUAUGUGAGAAGUCGUUCAGCAGCCGAUCAAACCUGCGCGCGCACUUCAGGACCCAUACAGGAGAGAAGCCAUUCUUUUGUAACUUCUGUGGUCGGAAGUUCGCCCAGAGGUCAACGUUGCGCACGCAUAAACGGAUCCAUACCGGCGACAUGCCUUAUAAAUGUAGCCACUGCAACCGCGCUUUUAGGGAUUACUCCACCCUUUCAAAGCAUGCUCGCACCCAUACUGGUGACCGUCCCUAUGCAUGUCAGAUCUGUGGCCGGGCUUUCGCCCAGUCCGGGAACCUCCAACGCCAUAUCAAGCACACACACCCUCAAGCAUACGUCCCACCAGGCUCCUCUGGUGCCAGGGCUGAAGUUCCAAGAUGGAAGGCUGAUUCUCCUACGAUUGAGGAAGCCAGUGAGCCGUUUCACGAAUAUCCUGCCGUCGCAGAUGUUCCAACUCAGGCGGACUAUCCAGCCACGGCUACGGACCUCCGUAAAGCACGUUUUCGCAACCACAAGACUCCCGUUUGAGUUUGAACCAAGGAACUAUUCGAAGUGAGACUGGCCUUCCGAGAGAGCUUCAGCAUUUGACGAAUGAAGUUGGAGGCGCAGUUACAAAUAUCUAAUCAUUCCUAAACAUGUGCUGACGAACAACUUUAUUCGUAUAUUAUGCAUUUUGUAGCAAAGCAUUUAUAAAUGAGUACCAAAUAUUCCAGAUCAUGGAGUUUUGAUCUUCUUGUACAUAUUAGUUCUUCAGCUGGUGCUAAAGGAGAGAGGGUUGAGUCUGCUUCUUUCUGUUAUCAAUCGCGUUUUUUCUUUAAAUGAAUGUCCUCCUGGCACCAUUUUAGAUUUGUUGACAAUGCUUUACAUUUUAGGCUGGGGAUAACUUUCACUGACACUGUGGUUCAGAGUCAGGGGCCCCGACCACAACUUUGUUAGUGCUGGGUGUGGCACCACGGAACCAAGUACAUGUUCAAUUAUUACCAUAGUUAUUUCAUUUCGUUUAAAUAAUUGUCUUGUCGUGAUUAUUCUAAAGCAAGUGUACUUAAUAUUAUUUUCAUAUUCUAAAUAUAUUGACCAAGUACUUAAGCCUUAUAGUGGCAUCUAUUCCAAGCUGAUUUUUGUAAAGAAUGUCUGUUGUGAUCUUGAAGUUUCAAGGGUUGACCGUUGCACAAUUCUGAGAUGAUCACUUUUUUGGAAGUUAGCACAUCGGAAUUCUUCGACUAUUUAACCCCUGAUUGGUAAAGAUGGUCUUUUACAGAUUCAGUCGCAUUUGUUAUGUCUAAAUACCGCUUAUUGAUCCCUAAGCAGGGGUUACACUGGUUAAGAGUGGUUUUGGCCCUCCGAUUGUUGCCAAUACUCUUGAGAAACGGAGGGGUGAAAGAAAGGAGAAAAAGCGAUGUAUUCAUAUUACUAAUACUAGCAUAUGUCAAUUCGCCUCUUUUCUUACGAGUGCGCCUCUUGCGGUGGAGUUGCCAAACUUCGCCGGCUAAGGACGAAGACUCGGUUGAUUUCAACUUCAUGUCCGACAUGAUGUGAGAAACAUCAAAGGCUGACCCCGUAAGUCGGCCAUUUUGUUUCUCCAGAGCAGAACUCAACCACUAGAGGCGCUGAUCAGGAAAGAGGCAAAUUUAAGUUACAGUUGAUAUUCAACAUUUGUACUCAAUGCAUUUUAACACCAUAUUACCUGUCAUUGUAUAACUGACAUUCCUGCCUAUACUACAAACACAUAUUGCCUUUUCGUCGUCCCAUGCCUUUGUGCUUUUAUCCUUCGAAGGUUCAUGGUUUAUAAACUAUCCAUCGCGGCUACAGACUGUUUUAAGACCGAGUAUAUGGGCGUGAUAUUCCUAUUGAUUUGUCUUCUGACUGACUGCUAUAAGACCUUGGUACAACCAGUCCCGUCGAAACACUUUGUACGGGUCUUUCGAUUUCUGGGCGCCAUGAAGCAUUUGUAUGAACAUUGUUCUGUAUAGAAAUAAAGCCUUAUGUUUUAUAGCA